GCAGCCACUAGGGGAAGGCGCGCCCCGAGCCCCCCGCCCCUGCCGGGCCGGCGGUCCGCCCCGCCCCGCCCCUCUGCUUCCUCCUGGUUCUCGGGCGCUGUGGGCGCUCGGCGGGCAGAGGAGCUGGAGAGGGCCAGGCGACUGCUGCAGCGAUGGCAGGGAAUGAGUUGGAACGGUGCCAGCGGCAGGCGGAGGAGGUGACGGAAAUCAUGCUCAACAACUUCGACAAGGUCCUGGAACGCGAUGGGAAACUGGCGGAGCUGGAGCAGCGUUCAGACCAACUCCUGGACAUGAGCUCAGCCUUCAGCAAGACAACCAAGACCCUGGCCCAGAAGAAGCGCUGGGAGAACAUCCGUUGCCGGAUCUGCUUGGGGCUGGUGGUGGGCUUUGUCCUGCUCAUCAUCCUGAUUGUGCUGCUGGCCGUCUUUCUCCCACAGACAAGCAAGGACAACAGUGUCCCACAGGCCCAGGACACAGGCAUUAUCUCAAGGCCUGGGGACUGACCCAGCUUGGCCUGGAGGAGAGGUCGAAUGACCGCACUGGCUGGUUCUAGUCUCCAGAGAACCCUGGCGUUUGCUCCCAUCUGAGCCACCCCAGUGAGUGCUGAAGGGCAGCCCCAAUGUGUCCACCUUUGCAUCUCCUAUCAUGCCACAGACUGGCCCUUGAGGGCAGCCUGCUGCACUGGCCAUGCCAGGCCAGCCCCACCUGGAGCUCAGUAAAAGCUGCUGUUUGGUUAAAA